UUUACAUCAGGGUCCCCAUCAGAGUUCCCCUUACAUCAGGGUCCCCAUCAGAGUUCCCCUUACAUCAGGGUCCCCAUCAGAGUUCCCUUUACAUCAGGGUCCCCAUCAUCGGAGUUCCCCUUACAUCAGGGUCCCCAUCAGAGUUCCCCUUACAUCAGGGUCCCCAUCAGAGUUCCCCUUUACAUCAGGGUCCCCAUCAGAUUCCUCGCUUACAUCAGGGUCCCCAUCAGAGUCCUCCCUUACAUCAGGGUCCCCAUCAGAGUGCUCCCUUACAUCAGGGUCCCCAUCAGAGUGCCCCCUUACAUCAGGGUCCCCAUCAGAGUCCUCGCUUACAUCAGGGUCCCCAUCAGAGUCCUCCCUUACAUCAGGGUCCCCAUCAGAGUGCCCCCUUACAUCAGGGUCCCCAUCAGAGUCCUUGCUUACAUCAGGGUCCCCAUCAGAGUCCUCCCUUACAUCAGG